GUUCCCCCAUUCCCCUAACCCUAAUUCACGCAGCAGCAGCGCCUCGCUCUCUCGCUCGUUUUCUUCGUUGGAGCACUCCUCCUCCAUCCUUCUCACGCAGACACUCAGGACGGCAGCAGCGGUGGUGAGUUCGUCGUCCCUCUCAUGGCGCCUUCGCGAGUCCCAUCUACGGCGUUGCCUUGCUCUUCUCCCGCUUUUUCUUCUUCUCCUUCUCCUUCUUCUCCUUCUUCGCCGUUGCGUCUUCGUCUUCCCAAGCCACCUAUUCCCGCCUCACUUUCCGGUGUUGCUGCCGUUUCCGCUUCCGCUACGUUACCAAACGGCACCGUUUUGAAGUGGAAGAGGCAUUUAGGAUUCCGCCCACACCCUCUGCUGCGGCGUCGCGUGAUGUUGUGGAGGAGGAGCGUGAUGCCUUCUCAGUUUAUUGCAAGAGAGGGAGGAGGGAGUACAUGGAAGAUCGCUAGUCUGAUGCUGAUAACCUACGCGAACAACAAAAACUGAUGAUGGCAUGGCGAUUAUGAUGCCAUUUCAAUGCCCUGAGGUGGAGUUGCUGGGUUUUACCACCAUUUUUGGUAAUGUUGCUACCACAGAUGCCAUCCAGAAUGCUUUGUCUUUGUGUGAGAUCGCAGGCCGUCAAAAUCUUCCUGUUGCAGAGGGUUCCCCUGAGCCAUUGAAGCCUGCUGCAGAAUAUUUAAAUAGGAAAAGUUUGGAGAGAAACACAAUUGCUGAGAAAUUAGAUAGCUUGAUUGAGCUGACUUUUUUGCAUCUUGAGUCCUGUUGUCUGAGGUUGUCUGAGGUAUUUGAUGUUCUAGUGAGAUCAUUUCAAAGGACUAUUUUGAAUAACUACAAGUCAAAAUUCACCCAAGUACUCUCUCUCUCUCUCUUCUCCGAGAACGAUGAAGAUUCGAGCCCUAAAUUCAGGGAGCGAAGCGGGGUUCUCCAUUUGUUCCGGAGCUCGUCUCAAUCCUCGAUCCCAAGCCCUAGCUUUCGCUCUUCUCUUGUCUUCAUUCUCACCGUUCCCAAUCACCUCUCCUUUGAUGACCUCAUUCCCUGGUGCGGGCCUCACCUCCAUCUCCACCGCCUCCUCUUCAUCAGCUUUACCGCUUCCUUUGAGGAGGACCGGCAGCAAUUUCAAUGUCGUGAUAUUGAAGGGCAAGAAGAAGCUCCUCCUUCAAAGAAAGCUGCUACUGCUGUCACUCCUGCCAAUGAUGAACUCGCCAAGUGGUAUGGGCAUGUAUGCAGGGACAAGUAGAGGAAUCAAGAAUUCACAAUGCAGUUUCUUAGGUGCAACUAAGGUAAAAUUUCUGGGGCACUCCAUGCUACCUGCCAGGGUGACAAGAUCCUGGUAGCUAACAGAGGCGAAAUCCCGAUUCGUGCUAUUCGCACUGCUCAUGAAUUGGGAAUACCUUGUGUGGCUGUGUACUCAACCAUAGACAAGGAUGCACUUCAUGUCAAAUUGGCUGAUGAAUCCGUCUGCAUUGGCCUUUGAAUAUCUUGUAAAUUCAAAGAUGAAAUUAUACCAGUUUCUACCAAGAUUGUGGAUCCAAAAACUGGAGAGGAGAAGCAAAUUAUAGUUUUGGCUGAUGAUGGUAUCCGGCCUAACUCAACUUUGAUGGAUCUAGCAAAGCUAAAGCCUGCAUUCCAGAAAGAUGGUUCAACAACAGCAUGUGCUGAAGAAAUCUGUUAAUGCUCCACCAAACAUUGCUGGGAAUCAUUCUGAGAAGGGGAUAUUGAGCUCGGUCAUGUACUUGUUGGGCACAAGGUUGUAAGAAAAAUAUAAAAUACAGAAAAUGAGGGACCCUGACGUGAUCUUGAGACCCCAGAACUGCUAUUAAUUUUUCAUUGCUUUUGUAAUUAUACAUGCGUUUUGCUUAGUUAGUGAAUUUCGGCUGGAUAGGAGGUUGAAGGGUUUUUUGUUACUGAAAAAACCUGGAAAGUUUUGUAUAAGGAUUAAUGUAUAAAAUAAUUAUACCAAAAAUUGUCACUAAUUACUGUUUAAUUUAUCUUGUAAUAAAAAUUGCAUAUUAUAUUUA